AUGGCACCAGCACCAGCCUAUGUGAAGAUAUUAUUAGCAGUUGGACAAAUUGUUCUUGCAUUGUUUUAUGGAACUUUAGGAACCGUCUUUACUUUGCUUCAUCUUGUUCGAAGUGGCCGCGAGAAAUUCUUCCGAAGAGUUGAACGACCAAAACCACCUCAAGUCGCACUCGAUCCAAUUUAUGGGGAACAUAAAAUGUUGAAAUUAAAAUCGUCGAAUGUGACACUUCAUUAUGUUUCGAAAGGUACAUCUGACCAGCCAUUAAUGUUAUUCGUUCAUGGUUUCCCUGAAUGUUGGUAUGCAUGGCGAUAUCAAAUGAAAUAUUUCUCAAAAAAUUAUCGAGUUGUUGCUAUUGAUCAACGUGGAUACGGUCUUAGUUCGAAACCCUCAAGUAUUGGAGACUAUAAAGUGGAAUUAUUAGCUCGCGAUGUCGCUGAUGUCGUUGAACAACUUGUUUCAGGUUACCAAUCAUGUGUUUUGGUUGGUCAUGAUUGGGGUGCGAUCGUUUCAUGGACAGUUGCCAUGCUUUAUCCGGCUGUGGUUGACAAAUUGAUCAUAUUGAAUGUGCCGCAUCCAGCUGCUUAUCAAGCAAAUCUAUCAUUUGCACAGCUUCGUAAAUCAUGGUACAUUUUUUUCUAUCAAACACCAUUCAUUCCUGAAUUAUUCUUUCAAGCAAACGAUAUGAACAUUUUCAAUGGAGUAUUUUACACAAAACCAAUGGGUUUAAUCAAUAAAGGCAAUAUCAAUUCUGAAGAUCUGGAAGUAUUCAAAUAUACAUUCGCUCAAAAAGGAACACCUCGGGCAGCAAUCAAUUAUUAUCGUGCUUUAUUUCGAAAUCAAAAAGCUGAAUUAUCGAAACCAGUUACUAUGCCGGUACUAAUCAUAUGGGGUUGUGAAGAUGGAGCACUCGGUGAAGAACUUGCUGAUGGUAGUGUCAAGUAUUGUUCAGAUGUUCAAUUGAAGAAAAUUCGAAAUGCAUCGCACUGGGUACAACAAGACGAACCCGAUGAAGUUAAUCGAUAUAUGGAAGCCUUUCUUAAUGAGAAGUCAACAUCAAAAUAA